CUGAAAACAUUCAAACAGCAAAUAUCGACAUCAGAAGGAGACAAAUCGUUGAAAUACUGUAAAUUCAAGCGCCAAACAUCCAAAAAUAGACAUUUUUUGCAAUUCCUGUGAUAUUUUUGCACAUUUCUGAUCUCCAACUCUACAAAAUGCGUCAUCGAAGACAUCCGUACUUCAAAAGCUUCUUUUACGAUCCAAAAAUCACCGGUUGGUACUUUUUGGCUUUUGAUUACAACACGCAUCGCAAAAAGCUCCUCGAUAUCAUGCCUUUAUUGGGUCCCGAUCAAAUGUUGAAACUUCGAGAGAAUGGCGUCAAGUACGAUAUGCUCGGCGACAACGGAGAAAUUGAUUUUUGCAUCACCGAUAUGUUGUACAUUAGCGAAAUUGAUUUCCAACUUUGUUAUUUGCUCGAAGAAACGUUCACAGAACACGACUUGGACUUUAACAAAUAUUUGGAUAGUAAAUAUUUUGCACUUACCACACGAAUGCGAGGAUAUGAACCCAAAUUUUAUGGGCUUCAGGAGAAUUAUUACGCUAUUUCGUAUGACGGAGAUCCCGAAGGCAAGGAACAAAUUACUCCGAAUGGAUGUUUGAUCACGUCGUACGAUGCUAAAGUUGAUGUUCCUAAAUCCAAAGUGAAUUAUGAGUUGCAAUUUGAUUUUUCUGAGAAACAAAAGGCACUGAAAGCGAUCAACGGAGAAGUUUUGCGUAAAAAAACUUGUCGCGAAAUGAAUGAUGCGGAAUAUUUUGAUCUUGUAAAUACCGAAUUCAUCACGUGUCGCCAUAUAAUUCACUAUUUCUUGCUUCAAACGAUGGGAAAGUCAUUCGAAAAGCCCGAAUCGACGGAAUUUAUCAACAAAGAAGGCGAUUACUAUCCAAUUAACAAACUGAGUGACAUCCGAAAGUACGUUCCAUGGGAUAUUGACAACCAAUAUAUGAUUCUCGUUACUUGUGAUGAUCCUGAUUCGAGAAAAAUUUGUCAGAUGAGCGUCAAUUACGUUGAACAGGGAGAUCAUUUCAUGUAUUACUUCCAUGAGAGAUGUGAUCCUAAAAUAUCAUGCUUGAGAAUUGUUCCUGUGCCAAAAGUCAAUGUCGAUCCGUAUGAAAGACAAUUUUUUGGUACGAAAGAAGACGAAGAACGACAUAAUGGGUUUUUGUUUUACGGGCAUGGCGUGAUUUUUGCUGGAAGACAAGAUAAUCCAAACAUUUUGCAUCGAGCAAUGGCUCAAAAAGAAAAAAUUGCCAUACCUGAUGAGGUCAUUCCUAAAACAGCUCGCGGUUAUGGCAUCAACCAAACCCUUAUAGAUGAUAAGUUGUACAAUGUUGAUUAUCGGAAAUUGUCACAUAAUGAAAUUAAAGCACUUUUACAAUAAUUUUUUUAUUAAAAAAGUCUCUUUGAUUCAUCUAAAUAUAAAAAAAUUUAAAAAUUUGUAUUUAAAAAAAAAAUUAA